UAAAAUAAACACCCCCAAAAAAGAUGCAAUCAGCUAUUAUGAUCGUAAAGGAAAUUUUUCGAUAACUAUGCAGGCGAUUUGCGAUAGCAACCUACGAUUUUUAGACGUCUUUAUUGGCUUUCCUGGAAGCUGUCACGACGCCAAUGUCUGGAAAAAUAGCCCAAUUUACCAACAGAUCACCUCCGGAGAAGCUCAGCUUGCGACCACGGCCGUAAUAUUAGCAGAUUCGGCUUAUCCGCUAUCAAAAUAUUUGAUGGUCCCGUAUAGGGAUAAUGGACAUCUUUCACCAGAAGAGAAAAAGUUUAACUACUACCUCAGUUCCACACGAGUGUUAGUCGAACAGUCGUUCGGCCUUUUAAGGCAGAAAUUUAGAAUACUUAAUCACAUCGACGUUUCAACCAUAAAGAGUGCUUCGAAAAUUGUAAUGGCCUGUACUAUAUUACAUAAUUUUAUAUUAUCCCACAGCAGUGAUGCAACUUCAGACGAUGACAAUUUCUACCAAUAUAACAACGAUACAGUGGCUGUUGACGAAAAUAUUAACGAAAGUAGUGAAGGUAUUAUCAAAAGGAAUGAAUUAAAAAUGUUAUUUUCGUCAUAAAUUUUUUAUUUAAAAAUAAAUAGCAUUACAAAAAAAAUGUUUUACAUGUUUUUUGUACGAUCACAUUCAUGUUUGUACUACAAUAGUUUGCAAAAAAAAUUUAAGUUUAUAGGAGAUCAGAUACUUCAGGUAAUUAAUGUAAUUAAAUUCUAUUCGCCAGAAUUUCUCGCAACGCACUCAAAACGGAAAUUUUUUCCUUUUCAAUUUCUAGCUUCUCUCUCUCUAGUUGUACUAGUUCAUCGUGGCGUUUUUGCUCCUGACUAGAUUCCGCCUUUAAAAAUGUUAAUGUCUCGUUUUGCGAUUUUUUGGAGCGUUUACUUGCACUUCCAAGGUAACUGUCCGAGUCACCGCAAUCCGAGUCUUCGCACGUGGGACUUCCCAGGGAGGAUAGCAAAUUCUCCAAUGGAGGCUCAAUUGAGUGGCGGCUGCCAUAAACAGCAUUGAAUUCUUCGAAAUACUCCCAGCUGGUGGCAUCCCUUCCUGUGGAUUUAUUCCUCUUUUUUAUCCUCUUGUACGAGGCCAACAUAUUCAAAAAUUUCCUCUGAAUUGCCUCCUUUGAAUCCUUUAUUUCGGGAUUCACUGCUUUCAUAGACUCUAGGACUCUACCCCAAAGGACCGCUUUUUUCUUUUUGCCGGCUGCAAAUUCGGCCUCCAUAUCGAGCCGGCAU